ACGAGAGAGAGAGACGGUUGUCUCAGGCCAUACCGGUGUUUACCGCUUAGAAAUUCAGCUGGAUUUUAUACAUAUAUUUUCUAUGCUAAGAUUUUUUCAAGGAUACUAAUCUUUUCGGAUCUAUGCGUUGCUGACAUUCGAUGGAAGUAUGUCUUUACCGAACAGAAGCAGCUCUAUUGUGACGUAUGUAUUGCUUGUGUUGCUGGAGUGUUACUGGGAAGCGGUGUGCGGGCAGCUCUCCUAUUCCGUCUCAGAGGAGGUAAACCCAGGGGCUUCUGUGGGAAAUAUCGCUAAGGAUCUAAACCUCAAUGUCCAGGAUUUGGAGUCGCGUAUGUUUCAGAUUGUCACCGGGUCCAAGAGAAAGUAUUUCGAGGUAAAUCUUAAGACUGGUGUUCUCUAUGUGAAUGAGAGAAUAGACAGAGAGGAGUUCUGUGUGAAGGCUCUGAAAUGUACAAUCAGUGUAGAGGCCGUUAUAAACAGUCCUUUGAAGCUUUACGGUCUAGAAAUAACUAUUUUAGAUGUUAAUGAUAAUGCUCCGUAUUUUGCUGAAAAGUCACAAAGUAUGGACAUUGCUGAGAGUACAUUACCGGGAGCGAAAUUCUCUCUUUUAGAAGCGUCUGAUGGCGAUGUUGGAAAGAAUACUGUUAGCACAUACAAGCUUAGUCCUAAUGAAUAUUUCUCUCUUGAUAUUCACAAAGGAGGAGAGAGUGUGUCUGCUGAGUUAGUGCUGCAGACAGCUUUAGACCGAGAGAAACAGCCCGUUAUUCAGCUCACACUGACCGCUGUUGAUGGAGGAAAUCCACCGAAAUCUGGCACGUCAGAAAUAAAAAUAAAUGUUUUAGAUAUUAAUGAUAACCGUCCUAUAUUCAGUAGCUCUUUGUAUAAGACUCGUGUUUUCGAGAACGUGCCCAUAGGAACAACAGUAAUAAAUGUGAAUGCAAAUGAUAUCGAUGAGGGCACAAACAGUGAAAUAGUGUACUCUCUUAGAACUAAAGGCCAAGAUCAUAUAUUAGAGAGAUUUCAAAUCGAUUCUAAAACGGGAACAAUCACAGUUAAAGACGCGGUUGAUUUUGAGGAAAGUCCUGCUUUUGAGAUUCAUGUGCAGGCGAGUGACAGAGGCCAGCCCCCGAUGGCAGCUCACUGUAAAGUGUUGGUAGAGGUGGUGGACCUCAACGACAAUGCCCCUGAGCUCACUGUGACGUCACUCUUAGACACAGUGAAGGAGAACGCCAAGAUGGGUACUGCUAUUGCUCUCGUGUCCGUCCUCGAUAGAGAUGGUGGCAAAAAUGGAGCGGUUCAAUGUGAGGUCAAGAAUAAGGUCCCUUUUAAAUUAGAGACAAACUACAAAAAUUAUUAUUCGUUAGUGGUUGAUGGGCCUCUUGACAGAGAAAGCUCUUCUCAGUAUAAUGUUACCGUCAUAGCUACAGAUGAAGGGGCCCCGCGUCUCUCCAGCACCAGCGUUAUUACUGUACACGUUUCUGAUGUAAAUGACAACGCUCCUCGCUUCUCAGAACCCGUGAUUAAUAUUUAUGUUAAAGAGAACGGUCCAGUAGAUGUCAUUAAAACCGUGUCUGCACUUGAUUCUGACGUCAAUGAAAAUGGCCAAGUGACCUACUCAUUAUUAGAGAGUAACAGCAAAUUACCACCUCUGUCUACAAUGGUUAAUGUAAACUCAGAUACUGGAGAUAUAAUAAGUCUGCAGUCUUUUAACUAUGAGGAGAUCAAAACUUUCCAGUUUAAAGUUCAGGCCACAGACUCUGGUGUUCCUCCACUCAGCAACAACGUGACUGUGAACGUUUUUAUCCUGGAUGAGAAUGACAACAGUCCUGGGAUUCUCGCGCCCUAUUCUGAGCACGGCUCCGUUAACACCGAGAACGUUCCCUAUUCUGCUGAAGCGGGCUACUUUGUGGCCAAGAUCAGGGCUGUAGACGCCGACUCUGGCUACAAUGCGCUGCUUUCUUAUCACAUCUCUGAGCCCAAGGGAACCAACCUCUUCCGAAUCGGAACCAGCACCGGGGAACUAAGGACUAAGAGGAGAAUGAGUGACAAUGACCUGAAAACUCACCCGUUGGUCGUGUUGGUUUCUGAUAACGGAGAACCCUCACUGUCAGCGACUGUGUCUAUUGAUGUAGUGGUGGUUGAAAGUACAGGUGAAAUCCAGACUCAAUUCAGAAAUGUGCCGAGAAAGGAGGAAAACUUCUCUGAUUUAAACCUGUAUUUGUUGAUCGCCAUUGCCUCUGUGUCAGUGAUAUUUUUACUGAGCCUCAUCAGUUUAAUAGUUGUAAAAUGCCACAGCACAGAAGACAGUUUCAGAAGGUACAGCGCCCCAAUGAUCACCACACACCCUGACGGAAGCUGGUCUUACUCUAAAUCUACUCAGCAGUAUGACGUGUGUUUCAGCUCAGACACACUGAAGAGUGACGUAGUGGUUUUCCCCGCUCCGUAUCCACCUGCAGAUGCAGAACUGAUCAGUAUUAACGGAAAUGACACGUUUAACAGGACUCAGACAUUACCCCACAAUGAGAAGUGUUACUGGGAAGCGGUGUGCGGGCAGCUCUCCUAUUCCGUCUCGGAGGAGGUAAACCCAGGGACUUCUGUGGGAAAUAUCGCUAAGGAUCUAAACCUCAAUGUCCAGGAUUUGGAGUCGCAGGUUAUGGAUAUGAAUGACAAUGCCCCUGAGAUCACUGUGACGUCACUCUUAGACACAGUGAAGGAGGACAGUAAGGUGGGCACCGCCAUCGCUCUAGUGUCAGUCCUCGAUAAAGAUGAUGAACCCGUGAUUAAUGUUUAUGUGAAAGAGAACAGUCCGGUAGGAGACGUCAUUAAAACUGUGUCUGCACUUGAUUCUGACGUCAAUGAAAAUGGCCAAGUGACCUACUCAUUCUUAGAGAGUAACGGCAAAUCAGCACCGCUGUCUACAAUGGUUAAUGUAAACCCGGAUACUGGAGAUAUAAUCAGUCUGCAGUCUUUUAACUAUGAGGAGAUCAAAACUUUCCAGUUUAAAGUUCAGGCCACAGACUCUGGUGUUCCUCCACUCAGCAGCAACGUGACUGUGAACGUUUUUAUCCUGGAUGAGAAUGACAACAGUCCUGGGAUUCUCGCGCCCUAUUCUGAACACGGUUCCGUUAACACUGAGAACGUUCCCUAUUCUGCUGAAGCGGGCUACUUUGUGGCCAAGAUCAGGGCUGUAGACGCCGACUCUGGCUACAAUGCGCUGCUUUCUUAUCACAUCUCUGAGCCCAAGGGAACCAACCUCUUCCGAAUCGGAACCAGCACCGGGGAACUAAGGACUAAGAGGAGAAUGAGUGACAAUGACCUGAAAACUCACCCGUUGGUCGUGUUGGUUUCUGAUAACGGAGAACCCUCACUGUCAGCGACUAUGCAGAACUGA